AAACAACAAGAAAACCGUGUACCGUAGAUAAAGAAGCUACAACAACAGUAACAACGUCAGUGGAAGUGUUAGAAUUGUCACUUCAAACAAUGCCAUCAACACCCACACAGCCCGUGGAAUCCACAGAGUCCGCGUCAGCGCAAACACAGUUGCAAUUACAAACCUGCAUACCACAGUCAGUGUCAGAAGAAAAGCACUUAUUGUCACCACCAACGAAGCAACCGCUGUCGCUGCCACCAACGCUUUUAGCGACUACUGAAACCCAACCUCAGCCACUUUCGCCAACUAAACCGCAAGCACUCGCCCAAUCACAACCACAACUUAUGUGUCAACUAGAGCAGCAGCCACAACAACAAAAGCAAGAACAGCAAUUGCAUACAGCAGAAAAACAACAACAGCAGCAAGACGAACCGCAAGUGCAACAACAACAUCAACAACAACAGCAGCAGCAGACACAGCAUUCACAACUACAAAUGUCAAAAGAAAAACAUGAGCUCACUUGCGGUAACACACAGCCGCACCUCAACUCAUCUGCUACAUCUCUAUCAUCAUCGCCAUCAACUUCAUCACUAUCAUCACUAUCAUCAUCAUCAACUGUGUUAGCACAAUUUUUUUGUCACUUUCAUUUAACGGAUUAUGUUCGCGACCAUUGCCGUUGGCGCUGGCGUUGUUGGCCCUGUCAUCAUCGUCCAUUCCUGCCGUUGCUACAUCGUACGCUCACCGUUUUGAUUCUAUUAUCCUCGCUGUGGCAUGGCACCGAGUGCUUUCACGGCAGCACUGUGCGCUUGAGUUCGAAUACGGUGAAGACGAAAUACGGUCUGCUGCGCGGUAUUGUUGUGCGCUCUAGUCCGAUGGUUGAGGCCUAUUUGGGUAUACCGUAUGCCUCGCCGCCAGUUGGAAGUUUGAGAUUCAUGCCACCCAUUACGCCAUCCACAUGGAAGAAUGUCCGCAGUGCUGACCGUUUCUCCGCCGUAUGUCCACAAACGGUACCCAUACCGCCGAAUGGCCCGGAGGCAUUGUUGGAAGUGCCAAGAGCACGCUUAGCGCAACUAAGACGACUGCUGCCGCUGUUGAGUAAUCAAUCGGAAGACUGUUUAUAUUUAAAUAUUUAUGUUCCAUAUGAAAAUCGAAGAAAAAAACGUUCCGCAAGCUCAAAUAGCGUUGAACAUACACACGAUCCACCUACAACUCAACUCGCCACCGUACUACUAAUACAUGGUGAAUCAUACGAAUGGAAUUCUGGCAACCCCUACGAUGGAUCAGAGUUAGCAGCACACGGCAACAUUAUUGUGGUGACGAUCAAUUUUCGACUCGGCAUUUUUGGUUUCCUAAAAACGGGCGGCAAAGAAAGUGCACAAGGUAACUUCGGCUUAAUGGAUCUAGUUGCAGGUCUACAUUGGCUAAAGGAAAAUCUUCCCGCUUUUGGUGGUGAUCCACAGCGUAUAACGUUGAUGGGUCAUAGCACCGGUGCAGCUUUAGCCAAUAUAUUGGUGGUAUCGCCCGUCGCAAGUGAUCUUAUACAGCGUGCAGUGUUGGUGAGCGGCUCGGCGCUGUCGCCAUGGGCUAUACAAAAGAAUCCAUUAUUCGUAAAGCGUCGUGUUGCCGAACAGACUGGUUGUCAUGGUGAUAUGUUAUACGAUGAUUUGGCGCCUUGUUUGCGCACGAAAUCGAUUGCCGAACUAUUAGCUGUGAAAAUCGAUCAUCCGAGAUUUUUAAGCGGAUUUGCGCCUUUCAUCGAUGGCACGGUAAUAUCGCCGAGUAGCGAUUCAGUUGGUGAAUUGUCAUUGCCUUUGGGUUCUGCCAUUGUUAGUACAUCAGGAAUUGAAUUUGCAAACUUUCCAAAACGAGACCUCAUUUUUUGCCUUACCUCAGUGGAAUCUUACUUAGAUUUGAGUGCACAAGAUUUGGAAUUUGGUUUUAACGAGACACGACGUGAUCGUAUACUAAGGACAUUUGUUCGUAAUAAUUUUCAUUAUCAUUUAAAUGAAAUAUUUGCUGUUUUAAAGAACGAAUACACCGAUUGGGAGAAAGCCAUACGCAGUCCCCUGAGCUCACGUGAUGCCACUCUCUCGUUUUUGAGUGAUGGGCAUACGGCAGCGGCUUUAAUAAAAUUGGGUUAUAUGCACAGCUUGCGUGGUGGUCGCAAUUAUUUUAUACAUUUUAAACAUAGAACUAUGGAGGAGGAGUAUCCGCAGCGAACCGGUUCCGUUCGGGGUGAAGAUGUGCCUUUCUGGUUAGGAUUACCCAUUUCACCACUAUUCCCGCAUAACUAUACAACUCAGGAGAAACAGAUUAGUCGCCUUAUGUUGCGCUAUCUCGCGAAUUUCGCGAAAACGGGCAAUCCAAAUCAUUCAGGUUUAGACUUACCAUCCAUAUCUCCAUCAACGUCCAGAUCAACCGGCUAUACCACCCAACUAUUAGAUCAUGGCAAAGUGAAACGAGCCUCACUCAAAUCACUAAACGCCGUCAAUAAAUUCUUCAAUCUCACUUUGCCACAUCAGCUCGCUGCGCAGCAUGGUAAUUUAUUGGACGCCGCUGGCGCCAUAAAUCUUGCGCUAAUCUACAAUCAACGGCGUAGCGGUGCAAUGCGUGAAAGACGUGCAUACUACAAACGUCAUCUGCAUAACAACAACAACAAUAAUAAUAAUAAUAAUAACAACGAAUCAAACGAACUGUUAAAUAUGGCGUUAAGAUUUGCCGCUGACGAUCCGCUGCCGAAUGGACGCGGUGAACAUUUGCCCUUUUGGGAUGCCUACGAUGUAGUAAAUCAACUCUAUUUAGAGCUGGGCAAUAAGGCGGAAGUGCAGAGCCAUUAUCGCGGUCAUAAAUUGUCGAUGUGGUUGAAUUUAAUACCACAACUGCACAAACAUUCCAAUAUCAAUGAUCAGUCGAUGCGUCAUCAUCAAUUUCCCGAUGACAUCAGUAAUCGUGAUUUAUACGAAGGUGUUGUGCGUCCCCAAUUGCAAAUAAAGCCACCAGAUGAUGAGGAUACAACUGCGGCGAAGACACCCAAAUCCACCGCAGCUACAAAGGUUGUGAGUAAUAAUACUAAGACUGGCGGAAAUGUUUUGGUCGGCGCUACAACGACAGAAUGCAACCCAGAUAUCCCAGUGUACACGAACGUUGGGGACAGCGCUUCCACACAGCAACCUUCUGUGCACACAGACAAUCGCUCGCUAUUGGAGAAUGGUGGCCAGCAAAAGGAUCUCGCCACCGCAUCCACCGGAAUAAUAGGCAACUUAGAAAUGUUCCGACGUCUCAGCGGCAAGCAGUUUCCCAGUUAUACAACAGCACUAAUAGCAACUGUUGCGGUCGGGUGCUUUUUACUCACACUAAACAUACUCAUCUUCGCCGGCAUCUAUCAUCAACGUGAGAAGCGUGCACGCGAUGCGAAAACCAAGGAGGAACUUCAGGACACCGAUACCAGUAAAAAUUCUAGUAUACUAAAACUGAAUGCAAUUGCAGAUGACGAUGUCAGUGGCAUGCAUUUUGAUGGCGGAAUCAGCGGCAAAACUACCGUCGUUUUCGGUGGUGAAUACAACUACUAUGAUGAGAAACCCAAAUGUGGUAAGGAUGAGAAAUUGCACGUUGAGUUACCACCCACCCAAACAACAGCACAUAUGGAAUUGAAUUGGCCGGGCGGCUCCAGUAGCACAUUGGAUUUGUUGAAGACGAAACAUCACAGUGCCUUGGAAGCGCCAUCAUAUAGCGGCAGCAGGGAUGUCACCAAUGAAUUGCAACAACUACAAGCGAUUAGCAAUAUUGAAAUGGCCACAUAUAGCGCACAAAUGCCACAAAUGCCAAUCGGUUUGGCGGUACUCGACUCGUCAUCAGUUGUUGUGCCGCAUGGCAGCAUGCGACGCAACUCUUUUGUGGCCAGUGGUAGUCAAACUUCGAUGCAAUUCGAUUAUGCUGUACAAUCAUCGGAUCAGUUGUCGUUUAAGGAGAUCGAAAAUGCCGUUAAAGUAUCCAACGAUGAUAUUAUUCAAGAUUUGGUCUUAGACGACGAUGAUAUACCAGAGCCGCCGCCACCGCCAAGAUCCUUUCAAGGCGUACAUCAUCAUCAACAACAACAACAACAACAUCCGCAGCAGCAACAACAAGGUGGCAUCUUACGGUCGUCAGGCUCGAAUACGGUGUCAUCAACAAGCGGCAAGAAACGUGUACAUAUUCAAGAGAUUUCGGUUUAAUCUAACUCAAUCUAACGAAUACAUAUGCAUGUUUGUAGAUAUGCAUUAACUAAUUACUAUUAAAAAGUACUAUAAUGAUGAUUAUCCUACAAUGUAUGUAACUACUCCACUUAUACAUAUAUUAACUAUUUAUUUCUCGGUAAGCUAGUUUGUUUCGAAACCUUACCAUAUCUAAUUUUGGAAUACGAUUUAUGAGGUUAUAGGCCGGGAUGUAAUAUUUUUCAUAUUUAGACUUGAAUUGUUUAAUAGGAUUGGGGAUCAAACUUAUGGAUCUACUAAAGAAGCGAUAGCGGGAACUAAUCUUGCCUUUUAAAUUAAACGGAACUAGAUCGAGGGAAGGGUGACAACACUUGGCCGCAUAAAAUCCGGGUCAACUCCGGUGCUUAGAACCGGUUGUCGUGAGAUUUGCGUAAUACUGCCCCUCCUUAAGUCUGGAUAUUGUCCUACCUAUCGAAACUCCGACAUACAUACCAAACGUAUGUCCAGUAUGUAACGAGUACCCGCACGAUACUAACCACGUCUUUACAUGCCACCUAAAACCCGUCGAAACAGCUCGCUUCCUGUACCUCCCGUUAGAUGACCUCGAGGAUUUAGACUAGCUAGCAUGUCCCUAAUCGGUGUAGGAAAAGCCUCUACAACAACUACAAUAUGUCGAGGAAUCGUCGUCAUUGAUUCAUGCAUCCACAGCUCCAACAUGCUUCUUCAGUUAAAGGUGUCACCAUUUGCGUCAUGCGGUGGUUACGCACACUUCGGAGUUGCGAAUAAUCAAAAAUUUUUGCAGACUCCUCUACAUAUCUGCGAGCAUUGGACUAGUUGCAAUAUUCUGGCCAUGUAGUACACUUCUGGUGUGGGUCUAAAUCGAACUCAAUGGCCUUCGAAUUACUAAUCUAUGUAAUCUUGUUUUUGUUGUUGAAGCAGCAAGAAUAUUCCCCAAAGUAACUUUUGGGGAAUGUUGCGGGAGUGACAGGUCUUUGCCAUGUAAAAAUUCGGUCUUAUAUUCAUUUAACUGUAUUGUCUUUCAGGAGAUCUUCAUCCUAAACUUUCCUGACGCGAAUCGAUAAUUUACCAUUUAUCAUGAGAAUAGCUUACUCGUAUUUCGGGUAGAGUCUUUCUCCUAAUCAACUUUCAUAAACCUGUAUAAUCUUCACCGAAAAUUUUGUUUUGUUUAGUUACUAUUAAUAUAUAGUAAAUAUUUGAAGUUGACUAAUUACUCACCACACUUCAAAAAUAAUUAUUUCAUUUGCGGUGCAUACCCUUAUGGGCCCAAAGAAAAACAACUGACUACUAUUUAGCUGGCUUCUUCUUUAGCAAAUAUUAUAGUAAAUUAAUCUACAUAUUAAAUGUAUGUAUAUUCCG